GGCGGCUUCCUCCCCCGAGCAGCUGCCGCCAGAGGGAGGAAGCGGCGCGGGAGCUGUCCGGCACCUCGGUGCUGAAACCCCGAGCGCCGGUCAUCCACCACCACCAUGUAAGGGCCAUGAAAAGGGCUCGUCCUGGCGCAGCGCGGACAUGGAGGAAGACUUAUUCCAGCUAAGGCAGCUGCCGGUGGUGAAAUUUCGUCGCACGGGCGAGAGUGCCAGGUCAGAGGAUGACGCGGCUUCGGGAGAGCAUGAGGUCCAGAUUGAAGGGGUUCGCACGGGCCUAGAGGCGGUGGAGCUAGAUGAUGGAGCAGCUGUGCCCAAGGAGUUUGCCAAUCCCACCGAUGAUACUUUCAUGGUGGAAGAUGCGGUGGAAGCCAUUGGGUUUGGAAAAUUUCAAUGGAAGCUGUCGGUUCUCACCGGCUUGGCUUGGAUGGCGGACGCCAUGGAAAUGAUGAUCCUGAGCAUCCUCGCGCCCCAGCUGCACUGUGAGUGGCGGCUCCCCAGCUGGCAGGUGGCGCUGCUGACCUCGGUAGUCUUUGUCGGCAUGAUGUCCAGCUCCACCCUCUGGGGAAACAUCUCAGACCAGUAUGGCAGGAAAACAGGGCUGAAGAUCAGCGUGCUCUGGACCCUGUACUACGGGAUCCUCAGUGCUUUCGCGCCCGUGUACAGCUGGAUCCUGGUGCUCCGGGGCCUGGUGGGCUUCGGGAUCGGAGGGGUCCCCCAGUCGGUGACGCUGUAUGCUGAGUUCCUUCCCAUGAAAGCCAGAGCUAAGUGUAUUUUGCUGAUUGAGGUGUUCUGGGCCAUCGGGACAGUGUUUGAGGUCAUCCUGGCUGUGUUCGUGAUGCCCAGCCUGGGCUGGCGUUGGCUGCUCAUCCUCUCGGCUGUCCCGCUGCUCCUCUUUGCAGUCCUGUGUUUUUGGCUGCCAGAGAGUGCAAGGUAUGACGUGCUGUCCGGGAACCAGGAAAAGGCCAUCGCCACCCUCAAGAGGAUAGCGACAGAAAACGGAGCCCCCAUGCCGCUGGGGAAACUCAUCAUUUCCAGGCAGGAAGACCGAGGCAAAAUGAGGGACCUUUUCACGCCCCAUUUUAGAUGGACAACCUUGUUGCUGUGGUUUAUAUGGUUUUCCAAUGCGUUUUCUUACUAUGGAUUAGUUCUGCUCACCACAGAGCUCUUCCAGGCAGGAGAUGUCUGCAGCAUUUCCAGCCGGAAGAAGGCGGUAGAGGCCAAGUGCAGCCUGGCCUGUGAGUACCUGAGUGAGGAGGAUUACAUGGACCUGCUGUGGACCACCCUCUCUGAGUUCCCAGGUGUCCUUGUGACUCUAUGGAUCAUUGACCGCCUGGGCCGCAAGAAGACCAUGGCUCUGUGCUUCGCCGUCUUCUCUUUCUGCAGCCUCCUGCUGUUUAUCUGUGUUGGCAGAACUAUGCUCACCCUGUUACUCUUCAUUGCAAGAGCGUUUAUUUCUGGAGGCUUCCAAGCGGCCUAUGUUUACACGCCCGAGGUGUACCCCACGGCGACGCGCGCGCUGGGCCUGGGCACCUGCAGUGGCAUGGCGAGAGUGGGCGCGCUCAUCACUCCCUUCAUUGCGCAGGUGAUGUUGGAAUCCUCCGUGUACCUGACGCUGGCAGUUUACAGUGGCUGCUGCCUCCUGGCUGCUGUGGCCUCCUGCUUUUUGCCCAUCGAGACCAAAGGCCGCGGACUGCAGGAAUCCAGCCACCGGGAGUGGGGCCAGGAGAUGGUCGGCCGAGGGACGCACGGCACGGGCGUCACCAGGUCGAACUCUGGCUCUCAGGAGUAGUGACCCCUGGGGGCUGAGCUGGUCUUUGAGGCUGUGGAGUGCGGGGAGCUGGUGGAGCCCGCUUGGGGCACCGACCGUCACUGCCGACGCCAAGAACUCACCCGAGAGUACAACCUGGACCCCGGUUGCUCAUUUUCAUUCAGACCCACCCACGAUGGGGAGGCAUUUGCUCCGGGGGUCUUCUGUAUGUGUGGGGGGAGGUUUGUUAAUAAGCUGUGGAUCUGCAUGGGAAACCGCCAUACAAGGAGUGCCUGGUGACACCGGUCACCAGCCAGACGCCAUCCAGAGUUAGCCGGUCCACACCCCUGGUAAACAGCCACCAAAAGAUCUCCGUAGAUACAGUCCAGGCCCAGAGCCUGUAAGACCUGCUGCCUACCAUCCAAACCUGUUCAGUAGGUUUCUCCUGCACCCCAGGCCCCCAGCUUUCUUGUUUGAAAUUGCAGGUGACGUGGGUGUGGCCUGAGCAGCUUGUUCUUGGGUCUGAGAAAUUCUCCCGGGGAAGGGGCCUCUCGGUUUGCCUCCCCAGGAAGGGCCUGACUUCCGGUGACUCCGGCAGAUGGACAUGCAGUUGAACUUGAGCCACAUGCCCCACCUGGCCCCCUUUGGAGUUGCUGUCCCUGGCUCCAGGGGAUCCAAAUGUGUCCAAGGGGACAGCUGAUGACAACCCCAGAAAGCUGUUACGCUGGGCAUUGGGGACUAAGGUGAAAGAAAGGCAAGAAUCAAACCCAAAGUCCAAACAGGGGCCGCCCGUUUGGAAGCAGCGAAGGCCACAUCAGGGCUUGUUUUCUUGCCCCCUCCUCGGCUGGGUGGAUUGGUGACUCUUGGGGAAAGAAAACAGUUAACUCAGGUCUCAGCACUUGAGAUCUUGAGCUUGGGUGGAUGGCUAAACAGACAGAGAAAACGAAAAGAUGCUAUGCCCACCACCCUUGCUAUCAAGGGUCGGCUUGGUCUUCACACAGAGGCAGCUCCUGGGAUUCCGGCAACAGAACCCACAACAGGGAUGCCAUGGGGUGGGGAGGAAUGGGAUGUGUGAAACGUGCACAUUUCCAAAGGAAGAGAAAGGAGGUCAUUUCGGUUUCGGGUUGGCCUUGGAAGGAAGGGCUGACACCAUGUCUCAGCUGACAACAUCCACCGCCUGGAUUUGGUUUGCAGGAGCCUUUUCCCUGUCUUGAAGGCAGGGGACCUAGAGAAGGAGGGAGGAAGCUGCUGGAUCCCAUCAAAGGCCAGAGAAGACUGACCCUCUGCUUGGAGAUAUCUGCUUGAAGUCAAUGUUGCGAGGAAGCCAAAUGUGUACGUUCAUCUCUUAUUAAAACAUGUUGGUG